CACCAUGAUGUUUCUGUAGGAUGUGAGUUGAAGGGAGACAAGCCAUAUCACUUUAAGGUGAAUGAUGAAGAAAACGAACAUCAACUUUCUCUAAGAACGGUUAGCUUAGGAGUUGGUGCUAAAGAUGAAUUGCAUGUUGUUGAAGCGGAAGCAUUGGACUAUGAAGGCAAUCAGAUAAAAGUCACAUUGGCUUCCUUGAAGAUGUCGGUUCAGCCUACGGUUUCAUUAGGUGGCUUUGAAAUUACACCUCCAGUAAUUCUGAGAUUGAAAAGUGGUUCAGGGCCUGUUUAUGUCAGUGGACAACACCUUACUAGGAAUUUACAUAAACUGAAUUUUGAUUGUAGUGAUGAUGAAGACGAGGAUGAAGAGGAGGAGGAGGAAGAUAAGACUCCACAGAAAAAGCCUGCCAGAGAUUCUUCUGUGAAGAAAACACCAAAAUCAAAACAGAAUGGAAAAGAUUCUAAAUUGGCAACACCAAAGUUGACAACAUCCAAAUUGAAAACUCCAGAAUCCCAAAAAGAAAAGGCACCAGAGACUCCCAAAACACCACGGCCUGCAAAAUCACCCAAACAGUUCUCUAUAGAGGAGAUAAAAGCAAAAAUGCAGACAACCAUCGAAAAGGGAAUCAAUCUUCCUAAGUUAGAAGCCAAGUUUGCAAAUUACAUUAAGAGUUGUUACAAGGCUGAAGACCCGAAGGUGAUUCAAGAGCUGUGGCAAUGGAAGCAGUCUUUGUAAGCAAGAAGUCAAAUUGCUUCAUUUCAAAUGAUGGUCAUGUGUGCUUAACCAUUAAUACCUGACUGAACCUUUCUCUCCAGAGUCCAAUUAAUGUCGUCCACAUUAUUUUGGCAAGAAUGUAUGGUCCGCAAUGCCUGUUCAUUUUUUUUUAAUACCAAGAUUCCAUCCUUUUCAUUUAAAAUAUGUAUGGAAAUGUUUUGAUAAUACAUAGUAGUUGUGAUCUGGGAAGAAGGAGACUAAAUGUAAAUGUGAAAAUAAAAUUUUAGUAUUUUAAA